CUUUAAUUCAUCACUCUCUCAUGUAAGAGCAACUUGAGGUUAAAUCCACUGAUUGACCUUGCAAUGGCCUGUGCGCCACUCCCCGCCAAGCCCCUGCAGUCCCCACGGCCCCUGCACUCUUUCCAAACCGUGGCCUCAAUUGACGCGCACGGACCAGGCUGUAGCAAUUAGGGGACAGAUCGGGCGACGUGCUCGCUAGGACAGCUUGGUGCUGUUGCUUGCUGGCCAAUUUCACCAACCGCGACGACUUUUGACUUUCUCUUUUUUCUUCGUCAUCAACCACCACUACCACCACUACUCAUCACCACAAUCGCCGUUGACGCCUUCUCUUUCGGCCUUUUCGACAUUUUCAAUUUAUUUUCUACCAAGUUUAAUCCCACACACCACACCACACCACACCAACAAUGUCCUCCCCCCGCGCCUCCUCCCCCUCCUCUCCCACAGGCGGCCCAGCAGGCGUCGCAACCGGCGCCCGCCCGUCUUCCCCCCCCCCUCCAGGAGGCGCCCGCACCGCCAUCCGCCGCCGUGCUGCUGCCGACCAAAAGGAGAAGAUCGCCAAUGCCAGACCCAACAGCACCCGCGCUGCGGGCGCGGGAGGAUCGAGCAGCACCAUGCUGAGGCUGUAUACCGACGAGAGCCCCGGGCUCAAGGUUGAUCCGGUUGUUGUGCUGGUGUUGAGCUUGGUGUUUAUUUUUAGUGUGGUUGCUCUGCAUAUUAUCGCCAAGAUUACGAGGAAAUUCUCGAGCUAAUUUCCUGACACCUCACUCGAUGACGCCAACGAUGAUCUGAGGAUACGAGAUGAAGAGGGACGGUGGAUCUGGUGGCGGCUUGGGUAUUAUGAAGACGAAAGGCUCACGGAACAGGGACUCCAAGGGUGGUGUUUAGGAAGAGAAACAUUUCUUAAUCCAUCAUGAGGACUGAAAAUCACUGGGCCAAAAAGGGUGGUGAACUUGGGGAUGGUGGGUGACAAUUUUGUUUUUGACGGCGUUCACAACAUACAUUACAUAUACCUAGGGAACGCGGGGAAGGGGAGGAAGAGAGAGAUAAUGGGUCGAACGGAUGGUGGGAUGGCCAAAAGGCAUCUUGU